AGAAAUGAUUCUAAUCUGUGGUGCCCAAAAUCAUUGUGCUCGGCAAACUCCAGACAUCCAGGGAAGAUAACUUCGCAUGUUUUGGAAUAUACGGUUCCGCAGCAACAAUGCUGAGUUUAAAUAUGCAAAGACAGAUCCGUGUCAACGAGAACCAGCUUAUCGUGCUAUCAGAGAGAGCCCGCUUCGAUCACAGUCAAGCGGGAUAUUUGCACAAAAGAUCUGCAGAUAACAGCAAGUGGCGACUAAAGUGGUUCGUCCUUUAUCAGAAUCUUCUCUUCUACUACGACUCGAAAAAUAGCCUGAGGCCAGCCGGCCUUCUCUUGUUAGAAGGAUGUUACUGCGAAAGGCUCAUAACCACGGUUGUAGCUUCCAAGUCAAUGAAAGUCAGGCAAAGGCAACAGUUCCGCUUUGAGAUAACCUAUAGAAGAGAGAAUGUAAGACAAUACGAGUUCAGGGCGCUAAAUGAAAUGAACUGCAACAACUGGAUAGAAGCUAUCAGAUAUGCCAGCUUCAGUAGGCUGUUGCUCCAAAAGGAGGAGCUUGAACAAAAGCACCUUCAUCUGCUUCAGGUCGUGGAAUCAGAGAAAACAGCGAAAUGGCAGUAUGCUCAGCAAUGUGAGGAACUGUCGAUGGAUAUCGAAAAAAUGAGGGCUGAGCUAUUGUCUUUAAUAAAAGAACGGAAACCCUUAGCCAAGCAUCAAUCCAACGGAAUCCUCUCUUCCGUUCAAGGGACAAGCAGCGGGAGCAUGCCGAGUCAGUUCGCUAACUUGGCCCAAGACUCCAUCGAGCUCAGAAAAAUCAAGAAGGUCCAGCGCUUCUGGCGAAGCUGGCUCUGCAGGAGGCGAUGGAGACAAAUCGUGGAACAGUACACCAAGAGUCGACAUGCAGAGAGCAUGCGCAAGAGGUACAGUUUGGUCGUCAGACUGGUUGAGGCUGAGGAAGAAUAUGUGAAACAGUUGGAAGUUUUGGUGACUUGCUUCCUCAGACCGUUCAAAAUGGCGGCUUCAUCCAAGAUGCCACCCUGUUCACACGAGGAUGUCAAUUCCAUAUUUUUGAACAGCGAGAAUGUAAUGUUCUUGCAUCAAAUUUUUCUGAGAGGGUUAACUUCGAGGCUAGAGAGCUGGCCCACGUUAGUACUGGGUGACUUAUUUUCAAUGCUCCUUCCAAUGUUAAGUAUCUACCACGAAUACGUUAGAAACCAUCACUACUCUCUCCAGAUUCUCACAGAAUGCAAGCAAUCCCCAGCAUUUUCGGCACUACUGAAGAGAUUGGAGUUCAAGCCUUUAUGUCGCGGCAGGUCACUGGAAAUGUUUCUUACAUAUCCCAUGCAUCAGGUUCCUCGAUAUAUCAUAGCUCUUCACGAACUGCUUGCUCACACCCCACAUAACCACGUUGAGAGGAAAAGUCUACAAAAUGCUAGGCAACAACUGGAAGAUUUAUCUAGGAUGAUGCAUGAUGAGGUAUCUGAGAUGGAAAACCUGCGACAAAACCUAGCAGUGGAGAACAUGAUAGUUGAAGACUGUGACAUAUUACUAGAUGUGAACCAAGUUCUUGUAAGAAAGGGAUGUCUGAUUCAGUUGUCAACUGAUAAACACAAAGCUUCAAGAAGGAAAAUUUUUUCACUCAAAUCAAAAGAACAGGCUGUGAGGCAAUGUUAUCUGUUUUCAAAUCAUCUGAUACUUGCCACAAGGACAUCCACUGGAAAACUUCACCUGGUCCCUGAGGUAGGUAAAAUCUCUUUGGCGGAUGUUCUUUUGAUCGAAGAUCCGACUGAUACAACUGAGAACGAUGGAGCAUCUAGCCAAUCUAGUCAAUCUGCAGCUGCAUCUAGUAAACCAACGACUCCAAUCAACUACCAAAACAGGGACUUCAAGAUUAUUGUAGAGACCAAGAGGAUGACAUCUCACCAGCUAAGCGUUCAUUUGUUAGCAGCGACAGCUCAAGAAAAGGCAGCUUGGGUUUCAGACAUAAUACAAUGUCUGGACAAUAUGCAGUUCAAUAAGAUGGCAAUACCACAUCUGGCAAGCAGUAGUUCUAUUGGUAUGCCUCAGUCGUUGAAAAAUGAUCCGAACCUGUUUAAAGACGAAGCUGAUAUGAAAUUUAGCAGAACGCUCAAUUCGUGUACAGUUCCACAAAUCAGAUAUGCUACUCCUGAAAGGCUGUUACAAGGGCUCACGGAUCUACGGUUCCUGUCAGGGGACUUCUUGGACACCUUUCUUCUGACUUACCGCGUGUUUACAGAAGGAGUCACAGUACUGGACGCCUUAAAAAAGGUUUUUUACAGCGUGAGCCAUGAGCCUGGCGAAUCAACCGCGACCGAAGAAGAGGAUGUAUUAAUACAGCCGCAAGAUGACAACAGGAGAACUAGCACAACACCAAGACGUACAAGCGCUGUCAGUUCCGUAUCAGGAUAUGGAUCGGAAACUGGUAGAGACAGGUCGCACAGUUACGCCUCACAAGUACAUAGGCAAUGGACGUCAACUUUGCAAAAAUAUGAAGAAGAGGUUCAAGAGACUCAAACGACAGUGGGUUACAGCACUUCAAAGGCAAAAAUGGGUGAUUCACUGGCACCACCAGGACCUACAAAGUCAGUGUCGAUAAGAGUUGACACUCCAAGUGACGAAACAUCCUUGACCAUUCCAAAAGUCACUCAAUCCAGUACUAGCGAGACGCUGACUGGAACUGAAGUAACCAUACUAAGUGCUCCAUGUUCUCCAAAGGACUUGAGCUUUGAGACUCUGGUAGGAUCAGCAGGUUCUGAUGCAAAUGAGCAAGGUACCUCUUCUUCAAAACAAUCAACUAAGACUCCAACUGACGAUGGCAAAUAUAAGGAAAAGAAAGAUAAAGAUAAAAAGGAGAAAACGGCUAGUAAAGAUAAGUCAUUAUCUCCAACAAAAGGGCCAGUAAAAAAUCUUAAAAAGGGGUUAUCGACAAAAUCAGAAGAUCUAGGAGAAGAGCAGCCUCCAAGCGUUGCAAGCCAUAGGGCUUCAUGUAGUUCAUCUAGAUCGACAAGUAUUUCUACGACCACUGGUGUUUUACAAAGCUACUAUAGUACAAACCGGUCAAUGCAGGAUGGAGAAUCAUCUAUAGCAAGGUCUAGUUUUCAGCAUGGAUCCCCUCAAAGACCUAGUAAGGCUGGAGUUGUGAUAACAUCGUUUCGGCUACCAAAAAGAAGAAGCAGUAACUCUGCAGUAGCAGCAUUUGCUAUAGCCACUUCAGCUUGUAGUAAUCCCAGAGACGUGGUUCCAGCUCAAGAACAAGAAGAUGCUGAAAGGGCACGUCACAAAGAGAGAGUCAUGUCUUCAGCAUGCAUCAGGGUUGUUAACGUACUCCAGCACUGGAUUUCUGAGCAUCCACAAGACUUCAAGAAUGACCCUAAGCUCAAGAACAUGACCAUAGAGUUUUUGGAUGACAUCAUCUACAGCCCAAAUCUAUUGCCUGCAGAGCACACAGCUGCGGCUCAGCUGUUGAAAAUGUUGACUAGAGAAGACGCUGAAGGCUCUAAGAUUUCUGUAUUCAAACUUGUUGCUCUAUCAAGGGUAUCGAGCAAGGAAUCCAUUGAAACAUUAUCCGCCUUAGAAAUUGCAGAACAGAUGACGUACCUCGAUCAUCAUGUCUUCGUAGCAAUCUCUGCCGACGAAUUUUUGGGUCAAGCGUGGAUAAAGGCAGAUAAUGAUAAGCGUGCCCCACACGUAGUUCUGAUGACUAAGAGGUUCAACGAGGUUUCAACAUUAGUGGUUUUGGAAAUAUUAAAAUGCAAAAACUUGAAGGCUAGAGUGGCAGCUAUAGAGAAAUGGGCUGCCGUAUGUGACAUUUGCAGAUAUUUACAAAACUUCAAUGGCGUAUUACAAAUCUGUUCAGCUUUCACAAAUACUUUUGUAUGUCGACUGACGAAUACCUGGGAAAAGGUGUCAAAAACUACCAAAAACACAAUUGAGAAGUUGCAAAGCAUCGUUGCCCCAGAUGGACAUUAUCGAGCUUUAAGGGAUACGCUGCAUAGGUGUGACCCUCCAUGUAUACCUUAUCUCGGUCUAUACUUGUCGUAUCUAGCCUUUAUUGAAGAGGAUACGUCAACGUUCACAACUGAAGGGCUGCUGAACUUCGCGAAGAUGAGAACGAUUGCACGGGUAAUCCGCGAAAUAAGGCACUUUCAGCAAACACCUUAUAAAAUCGAUUUGAUACCGAAAGUAGCAAACUACCUCCUUGCAUCUCCGUUACUCCGUCAAGAAGAGGCACUCUACGCAGGUUCGCUAGAACUGGAACCGAGAACGUCAGGACUUGUUUUUCAAUCGUCAACUACAACACCCAAAUAAUCAGCUUGCACAAAUGUAUUAUUAUGUCGAUGACAAUUGGUAACAUCCUAUGGCAUUUUGACAAUAUUCAAUCUUCUAUCUAGCAGUUCCAUUCAGAUCAAAUUAGUAAAAUAAUAAUGACUGUAAUUUCCGACUUGCCCCCGUAGCAGAAUUAUGCUUUUCGACAAAGAAUAAAUCGCCCGGUCUAUAUUUUCCCGGAGCCUUCCGCUUCUUGUGAAAACUGACUUUUUUUUCCUGUCCAGCUACCUCUAUUUAUCGGGUAGCUCCCUCCCCUGUGGCAACAAGGUCUUUGAGGAGUGUGGGAGUGUGGGGACUUGACUAUCUUCGUCCUUUAGAGCCAUAUCCACACCCUCUCGGGGUCCAAAACCAAAUAAAAGUUGACUCGGUGUUUUUACUGUAGACUUAUCUGGGACGUCGUUCAUGGCAAACUGAACAUUUGGAAGUUCUCUGUCCCUCAGGUCUUCCUUCAACGUAGUUGUAAGAAAAGCGUCUAGCAACGUUUGAUUUAACCGCUCUACUUUUCCGUUUGCCCUGGGUAUCGCCACAGCAUUCAAUACAUGUUUGAUGUUGUUCUGAUGGCAGAAAUCUCUGAAUCUUUUGGCUGUAAACGAGCUUGCCUGGUCACUGAUUAGUACCCUAGGUACUCUUUAUGUCACUGACAGGGUUGUGAUGUGAUCUAUCCCGUACCUAGUCUUUGUCGGCUUUACGGCCUUCAGUGCGACAAAUUUCGUGAACCCAUCAAUUAACGCCAAAAUUUAAGAAUUGCCUCUCCUACUUUUUGGGAGUGGUCCCAUGUAGUCAACGUGCACCGUGAAGAAGGCAGUUGGAGUUUUCGGAAUCGGGUCCCUUCCUUUCUACCAGCUGAUCUGUUGUUAUACAAGGUUGGCUCUUGUUGUGGACUUCGUGUGUCGUUUUUUCCCUCUCCAUCUCCGUUUCCUCAGGUUACACCCGCAUCCGGAUGUGUGGGCAUGUGUAUCAACCUUUGUAGUUUCGUAUGUUUAUUCAUUUCGAGCCUGAUGAAGCCAACCAGCAGAAAUACGUAUCGCUCGGGGUACCUAUCUUAUUUUCUGCUCGAAUCCACUUUCUUCCUUUUUGCGGAUUUUGCCCAUUAUUUUCUUACUUUUUGUUAUAUACCUUUCUCCGCAUCAUCUUCUCUCUCUCUAUAUAUAUAGUUAUAGAUAAAAGGUUUGUUCUUUUUUCCUAAAUUAUAUACACCGGGUGCUUCAAACUUAUCUCACACCAUUGGGAUCUCGAAUUUGUUACUGAGAUACGGGUUCAAGUUCAUUUUUUUAUUAGAGUUUCUUAUAAAUCACUUGUGAUGAAAUUCUUUAAUUUAACAGUGACAUUAAUUUUGUAGGUCCCAACAAAUAUUCUAGAGGCGUUUCACAAAUCGUUUAUUCCUGCGAAUGUUACCAUUCAGUAAUGUUUUUAGUUAUACAUUUAAUUACAAAAAAUAUAACUAUGAGCAAGCAAAAUAUUUUUUCGCUUAAGAGUCCUUCCAUUAUAUUCACAAAAUGGAGUCAGUGGCUUAUCUAAUAAAAGUCCAAAAUACCAAGUUGAGUUUUGAUAACGUGUAAAAUGUACCUAUAUCAAAUGAAUAUACUUGAAUCCUGUAUCUCAGCAACGUAAAACACAUAUGUUUAUACGAACUUUAUUUAUUCGUUCUCAUAAUCUCUACCAGUUUCCAAUUCAAAAACCUCAGUUAAAAACAAAAAGCGCACAAACUAACGACAUUUAGACCUGUUGACCUUAUUACUUCAAACACAUUGCACGAAAAGUUCUAAACCUAAGACAGUAAACUAUCAGUUUGUCUCCAUUUCAUUCGAUUUCAGUUUUUCCUGAGGCUAUUAAAUUUACAAUGAUCUACAAGCUUUGUGUGGAUAAAAAUGGAUAGACUAACUCUUUUACUGGAAGGAUUUAAUACAACUCGCGGCUGUUUUGAUGAGGUUUCUCGCAGAUUGCGACAAUAUGCCCGACAAUGGUCGAGAGUAAUUCCACAAUAAUCCUACGAAACUACGCCAUUUAGCAUAUACUUGUUCCCAACAGCAUAUACUUCUGUUGGAAUGUCCACCAAUUUCACGUGAAUUGAUGCGUGCGGAUAAAAUUAUUUUUGCACUUUCGCAUUGAACGCGAACCCAGUUUCUAAAAUAAGGUGAGAUCCUAGGCGUUUUUUUGUUAUAAUUUUUACAUUGCAUUUCUUACAAUCCAAAGCGUUUGCAAAAAAAUUGGUUAUACAAUUUUGUACAGCACCUGAAAGAUUGGUUUCCCAGGUCUCUUGAUGUGAAACCUCUAAAUCUACCUCAUCUUCCAAAACAGUGCCACAUGUGGUGCAUUGUCCCUCAUUUAUUGCAGUCUUUUAAAGAUGCUUAUUUCUUUUCAUUGAUUUUAUUUUUAGGGUAACUUUUGUUUUGUUAUCAUGAGAAAAAAUUGUUUUGUGGCCGCAUUUGACUCUUGAGGUCCAGGCUUGAAAAAGGCGCGGUGAGUCAAGGAUUUUUUCUAUUGAUGUUGAAAGAAGUAUGUCCAAAUACUCUGAGUCUAAUAUCAGUGAAACCUCAUUUUCGAUGUAAUUUAUUUCUAUUGACUCACCGGGAAUAGGAGGUGUGGCACAAUUUUUGCCCCUACAUCCUUCUGUAUGUAUUAAAUAAUCAUUGGCACUUUCCUGUAUCUUGUCCAUACAAAUGUUUUUGCUCUUAGAUUCCUUGGAUUUUUUUCUGCGCUUAUACCUAUCCGUUACCGCAGCGCGUUCAUAUUUGGUUGAGCUUUCCAUCCAUCUUAUAUGCCUGGCAAUAAAUUUAUCUGCCCGUAAGGGCUUGUAUGCUUGCCCCCGAGGCACGGCUUCAGCUCUUUGAAAUAACUUUCAGAUCUUGCUGAUGAUGCGACUAAAUUUGGCUUUGGAAAUGUAGAAAUCAUUACGUUUGUCCAUAAUGGAAACUCCUUAGCCAGGCUUACCAAAAUGUCUACUAUUUGCGGUAAAUAAUAAGGAUUUGAUCGCUGUACCCUUUACAUUUGCCAGCUAUUACAGUGGCACUGUCGAGAUUAUUUUGAACAAAAGCAGAUAUUGUCUCAGUUCUAAGUCACCGCAAUCAUCAAGUAACUCACGGACAGUUGUAUCAUUUAAUACAAUACAAAAAGUUUCCAUUUGCCUGAAUAUUUUUUUCCUAACUUCACUGGUAAGAUCUACAUCAACAUCAUUUUAUCCGUCGCAUUCACUCAGUGCUAUGAUAAAUAUGCUUUGUAACACCUUUUUAAACGAACUUAAGUUUACGCAGGUUGUCAUGAGUCCUAAUCACCUUGCAUAGAAGUCCUUUACCGAAGGCAGUCUUUUAUCGAAAAAAGAUAAAAGAUUCAUUAGAUGAGCAAUAUCAACCCUUAUGUGGGUCCGCAAAGAGUGGUGUAGCAGUUCAUUAUUUAAAAUUCGAAAGCAACCUGCAACAUACCCUUUAAGGGCCCUUUUAUUAAAUGCCAAUGCUACGGCGUUUAGCAGUUCCAAAGAAAAAUCUGUAACCACUUCGUCUGGUGUGGGUGCGCUGUUAACCAAUAAUUCAUCAUAUUCGUAUCGUGUUCUUUGGAAAUCAUUUGCGGCACUGGAGCAAUUCCUGAUUCCCCGCUUUGUACGAUUUGAUAAAGAAAAAUGGCAUGAGAAACAUUACUGUAGUUUAAUUUUGGUUUGGCAAUAGUACCUGAUACGUCUAUUUCAAUUUUACGAUGCUGAUGAGGGGUUUUGUAAUUAACGAGUUGAAGACGCAUUACGCUAAAUUUAUCUACACCAAUUUGCUUUAUAAAGCCAGAAUACCCUGAAUUUACUUUCACUGUUUUCACAGACCCAAUAAGGUCAUUAUUUUAAUCGAUAUUCAGAUCCUGUGCAUCUUUGCAUUUUCUCAGCGUCGCUGCUUAAGGAAUAUAUGGUACUGCAGCACCAAAAUCCAUGUCUGUGGCUGCUUCGUUCAACCAUACUGCUGGCUUUUCAGUUAAAAGUUGCUUACCAAUUUUGUCUCUACGGUCGCCUUUCAGAUACUGCCGCACAGAAUGAAGAACUCGUCUUAUAUCUGUCACCACCGUAUCGAUCGUAAUACCGGAAUUGAUCUCCGGCUCGUUAUAACAAUGACCAUGAACGGUUUCGACACAUUCUUUACAGCAUCCUCUUAUAUAUAUAUAUAUAACUUGAGACGUGGUCAUUGUCGUCUAGACCAGUUAGGUGAAAAUUUAAAGCUUCCGCCUUUUGUUGGGUACUUCGACAAAAUUUAAGCAAAGAGGACUCUUUAUACUUUUUUAAUUCUCUCUAGCUUUCAAUGGAC